GUGUUCAGUUAAGGGUUGCCAUAUUCUGGCUUUCCAGAUCUGGGUGCCUAAUUUGCAUAUUAUGUAAAUUGGCUUGAAAAUAAUUUUUGAGCCGGAUAGUGACUGCACGUUUUGCUCCAUAACUCCGCUUCUACAAGGGCUAGAGCUUAGCUUAAAAAAAAAUUAAUGAAAGCUGCAAUCUGGGCGAAUCCUAGUGGGCUGAGCAAUCUGAGUGAGAUGCUUAAAAUCAGGGUGAAACUCAGACUUCGGGGGGGGGCAUGGCAACUCUAGUUAAGAGUCAGAACUGUUCAGUUGUUGAAGGCUAGUGCCUGUUUGGGUAUGUUGUUCAAUCUUUAUUUGUUUUUGUUUUUUAACUCAACCUGAUGUCUCCAGAUAAUAUCUUGGGCUAACUUCUUUCCUACCAGAGCAUACUCUGCUGUGUGAGGACUUUAAUGUUUCUCUUCUCACCCCUCAACAGCAUCAUGAUCCAACAAACUUUUGGGUCCAGAUCGUGAUGAUGGAUGAAACGUGGGUCCAUCACUUUGAUCCUGAGACCAAAAAGCAAAGCGUGGUGUGGAAGCUUAAAUUGCCAGCCCCCCCCUCCAAGUUCUGUACUGUGGCAUCAGCAGGCAAAGUGAUGGCUUCCAUUUUUUGGAAUGUUGAGGGUGUCUCAUGGUUGACUAUCUGGACCAUGGCACCAUGAUUACCGGCAAUUACUAUGCCAACCUAAUUGGUCAACUUUGAGUGGCAAUCAAGCAGAAGAGGUGCGGGAAGUUGCGAUGAAGUGUGCUCUUCCUUCAAGACAACGCACCAAGCCACACCUCCCACGUUGCAAUGGCUUCCAUUCGUAAUGCAGGAUUUGAACAGCUUGAACACUCUCCCUAUUCCCCAGACCUUGCCCCUAGUGAUUUUUAUGUGCUUCAAAGAAUGAAGGGACACCUUCAUGGGAUGAAAUGUUCAUGGGAUUCUGAGGUCAUGAUGGCUAUUGAUUUAUGGCUGGACGACUGGGACAAAGAUUUUUUUUCCAGAGGGAUGGAGGCACAGGUGGAACAAGUGUAUUGCAGUCAAGGGGGAUGACACCGAAAAAUAAACAUUAGAACACACAGAUCUGAGUUGUUCAUAUAUGUCAGAAUACGCACUUUUUGAACACCACUCGUAUGCGUUUCUGUAUCAUUGUAGAGUAUUGUGCUUCAUUGUCUCACUGGGAUGAGUGAAUGCUUCAGUGUCUCACUGGUAAUCUAUCCUGUUCCAGGCAGAGACUUUGAUGGAGCCACAUUCCAGCUGAAGCAGGUCUGAGUGAAGGCAAAAGUCUCGGUGGGCGAUCUAGCCCUUGGACAACUCGGAGAGAAAACAGGAGUUAGGCAAAGGGCUCAGAACCUCAAACAGCUCCGAGGGGAGGCAGGAGAGACUGAGCUGGAUCCUAACACCAGAGCAGGAAAAGCACAUCGCACCAGUUACAUCAUUGUCAUUUCUUCUAGAGUUCUUGGUGCUGCCGUGUUAUCUUUUUGAGGUCACACAACAAUGAAAAUGGAGGAGCAAGACCCCAUCGCCCUUACCUUAGGGGAGGGAUCAAGCAGAACAGGAAAACUCCCUCAUCUUAUCCAAGUUGAGAGUAUUGGGGAAGAGGUUAAACAGGAAACAGGUGAGGGGACACUUCCUCACUGGGACCCACGAUGGCAGGAGUUCCUGGAAUCACCUCAAGCAGGCUGCGGAACCCCGCAGUUCCCAGAGGAACCUGCCCCAUGGAAUGAUGCUACCACUUUCCUGGCCUCCUUUGAGCAAGUGGCCGAAGCCUGUCAGUGGCCCAGAGAAGUGUGGGCAACACGACUCCUGCCAGCCCUCAGUGGAGAAGCGGAGCAGGCCUUUAGCAGGCUGGAUGCUGAAGACAGAGAGGAUUAUGGGAAGGUGAAGGCAGCCAUCUUGCGAGGAGACACCAUGAGAAGGGAGAAGCAACGUCAACACUUCAGGCGUUUCUGCUACCAAGAGGCUGAGGGGCCCAGAGGGGCUUACAGGAGACUGCAAGAGCUUUGCCAUGGGUGGCUGAAGGUUGAGAGACACUCCAAGGAGCAGAUCCUGGAGCUGUUGAUCCUGGAGCAAUUCCUGGCCAUCCUGCCCCCGGAGAUCCAGAGCUGGGUGAGGGAACAUGGCCCAGAGACCUGUCCCCAGGCAGUAACCCUGGCUGAAGAUUUCCUACUGAGACAGCGAACGGCCGAGAGACAGGAAAACCAGGCCCUGCCAUUAUCGGCUGCCCCACCCUCUGAGGAAGAGCAGACGCCAGAGCGUGACUCCAGGAGGAGGUGGCUGCGUGGGGAGCCCAAGCAGGAGGGUGAAGAAGGAAAUGAAACUGAAAGCAUAAGAGAAACCGUAGUGGAGAACUUCCUGCUGGAAGGCCUUCCUUCAGAAGAAGCAUUGGAAAGUUCACUAGGAGGAUUCCGAGAGAAUAUUUCCAUCCUGACGGAGCUGGCUGAGAGGUUUGUGUGUGAGCGUGAGGAUGAGGCAGAACCCUGUGAGAUUUCUGCAGAAAGAACUGACGAUCCACAAGUGGAGGAGGACACCAGGAAUCCAAAUGGACCCAAGGCACAGCAGGAAAAAACAGCAGAAGCAAAGGAGAACGGGGGGAAUGGAUCGGUUGUUUGCCAGGUCAAAAGUUGUCAUGAAAUUCCAGGCCAACAGAAAAUACAGAAGGCAAAGAGAAAGUGCCAAGGGUGUGGGAAAGGCUUUGCAUCUACAGCAGGGCUAAGGAAACAUCAGAGAGUCCACACAGGAGAAAAACCUUAUCAGUGCUUGGAGUGCGGGAAGAGCUUCAGUUGGAGGACACCCUUUUUUGAACAUCAGAGGAUGCACAGAGGUCUGAAACCAUAUGUGUGUCUGGAGUGUGGGAGAAGUUUCAAUCGAAGAGACCACCUUACUUUGCACCAGAGAACACACACGGGGGAGAAACCUUACCACUGCGUGGAGUGUGGCAAGAGCUUCCGCACAAGCACCCAGUUCACUUUGCACCGGAGGAUCCACACGGGGGAGAAGCCCUACAGAUGCCUGGAGUGUGACAAGAGGUUCAGCAGCAAAUCGGCCCUUAUUUCGCAUCAGAGAAUCCAUGGAGGCGAAAAGCCCUACAGAUGCUCUGAGUGUCGCAAGAGCUUCAGCUCAAGCGCCUGCUUUAUUGAGCAUCAGCGCACGCACACCGACGUGAAGCCGUACGUGUGCCUGGAGUGCGGCAAGACCUUUAGGCGGGGAGACCAUCUCGUUCUGCAUCAAAGAAUCCACACGGGGGAGAAACCCUAUCAGUGCCUAGAGUGUGGCAAGUGCUUCAGCCAGGGCUCCAACCUCACUUCGCAUCAAAGAAUCCACACAGGAGAGAAGCCCUAUCAAUGCUUGAGGUGCGGGAAGAGCUUCAGCAGCAAGUCAAACCUCACUUCGCAUCACAGAACUUGCCCCGAGGUGAAACGCUGUAAAUAAUUGGAGUGUGGAAAGGACUUUAUGCAGGCAUUUGCCUACGGGAUAGAUAAAUCAUACAAAGAAAGCUUUGCCCAUGGACAGAAGAACUACCCUGUUUACCCGAAUGCGAGACGGGAGGGCAGUUCACAGGACCAUCAACUGGGCAGGAGAUGAGUCUUACCCAGUUUCAGGCGCUGGGUGCGCUCCUGUUUUGUGAUCAUUGUUUGAUACAAACAAGUCAGGUGAUGAGGAGUCGAGAUGUGAUGGCCUGGGGGGAAAGGGGGAGAAACCUUUGGUUUUUUCCGUUCUUUCCAGGCUUUCAAGUAUCUGGUGAGGAGCUUGAUCUUCUGUCAAGCCCCAGCUGGGUAGGAGAGCUGGUCUUGUGGUUCCAAGCAUGAAUUGUCCCCCUUGCUAAGCAGGGUCUACCCUGGUUUACUUUUGAAUGGGGGACUACAUGUGAGCACUAUAAGAUAUUCCCCUUAGGGGAUGGGGCCGCUCCCAAGUUCCCUCCCUGGCAGCUUUUCCAAGAUAGAGCUGAGAGAGACUCCUGUCUGCAGCCUUGGAGAAGCUGCUGCCAAUCUCUGUAGACAAUACUGAGCUAGAUGGACCAAUGGUCUGACUCGGUAUGAGGCAACUUCCUCUGUUCCUAUGUCUUGUUUGGAAGCCGGGGAUAGGUUCUGGGUAGGGCAGAGAUUCCCAACCAGGGUUCCUCCAGAUGUUGCUGAACUACAACUCCCAGCAUCCCCAGCUACAAUUUAAUGUUCAGCAACAACUGGAGGAAUGCUGGUUGGAACCACUGGGGUAGUACAUGUCCAUCCUCUCCAGAUGAUCACACUCCCAGCCUCCUAGCCUUGUUUUUAUCUAACACACAAUUGCAAAACAGAAGUUCGCCCUACUUCCAAAACGGGUUAAGACACAUCUCCUACCCAGUUGUGUGAACUGCCUUUAGGUUUUUUGCAAGUUCUUCGAUGUUAGAAAUCAGGGUUGUCUUAAAUUAAGAGGCCUCUUCCUUUUGGGUAAAUACAGGUAACACCUGUAUUUAAGAUUUAUUUUUAAAGAGGGCUUCUCAGGGUCGUCUUCUAUUUGGGUAAAUAUGGUAUCACGGAUGGUAUAUUAGCUAGCAAAGAAUCCAUGCAGCAGGAAACCUGUAUAGAUGCUUGUAUUGUAGUGAAUUUGUGAUGAAGCCAGACCUGAUCAAAGAACUGGGGGACCAUACAAGUGCCUGUAGGGGUGUGAAAUCAAAGCAGAAGAGACACCGAGGGGAAGGACAAAUGUUUGAAAAAUUCUCAGAUGGUAUUCUGUUGCUGCUUCUGAGAAUACAUGGUUUCUCAUAGAAAAGGUAUGGUCACUAGCUAAAUAAACCCCUGCUAAUGGGGUAAAGAGGCACAUUUCAAAGUGGUCUGCUUAGUGGGGGAGAGCAACUGACCCUAUUCAGCCCAGUACAGCUUCCCUCCUGGUGUCUCCCAUGUGUCUCUUUCUAGAUUACGAGCCCCUUGGGCAGGGAAUGAAUGACCCUCCUACCUGGGCAAAGAGAUAUCUUUUAAAGUGGCGGCUCUCUUAUCUUUAGCAGGGGGAGAGCCACUGUCCCUGUUUAUAGCCCAGCAUCUCAUCCUUCCCACUGACUGCUACUGGUGUCUCCCUUGUGUUUCUUUCUAGAUUGUAUAUCCCUUUGGGGGUAAGGAGUUGAUUACUCUUGGAACUGGGCAAAGAGACACUUUCUAAAGUGGUGGCUCUUUUAUCUUUCGCAGGAGGGGAGCAACUGUCCGUAUUCAGCCCAGCCCAGCAUUUCUCCCAGUGGCUGUUGCUGGUGUCUCCCCUUUUUUGACUGUGAGCCGCUUUGGGACAGGGCACCAUUUUCUUAUUCCUCUUGCUCUGUAGACCGCUUUGAGAGCUUUCUUUUUUGUUGAAAAGUGAUAUAUCAAUAUUCAUAUUAAUAAUAACAACUAAUAAUUUCUUUAUUUGCUUUCUAAUAAGUUGACAUGUUUUUGAUUUCACCUGUUAGUUAAGGAAGGAGCAGACUUUCUCUUGUCCUCUGUAUUGCAAAUGCACCUGCUUGAAGGUUUGUAAACAAUAAAAUGUUAAAAGUUUCACC